AUGGCUUCGUUCAUCACCACAAUGUCUGUCCCCGCUCCUCCUUCUGUUCAUUUCCCUGCCUGCGAGCUUGUAUCUCGGUCAUCGUCAUCCCAAUCCUCUGCUACCAGCCCUUCCUCCCUGUACAAUACCACCCGUACUUCCCAUCUGCCCCUCCUAGAACCCCCCUCUUACCUUUCGUCUGCUGUGCGCGCUCUCAAGCAAGGCUAUUGUGGACUGACUCCUCCUAGUAAUGCUCGUACCAGAGCUCCGUUCAAGCCCCGCUCGGCGGCUAAGGGUACGAGUAGUUAUCAACUCCGACAGUUCGCCGAAGCUACUCUUGGAAGUGGUAGCUUGCGCAAGGCUGUGAAGCUGCCUGAAGGCGAGGACCUCAAUGAAUGGCUCGCAGUCAACAGUCAGUUCUUCGCAGUUGCUUUAGUUUGGCUGGAUGGUGUCGCUAAUGUCAUUGUUUCUCUAGUUGUCGACUUUUACAACCAGAUCAACCUUCUCUAUGGCUCAAUAACUGAGUUCUGCUCACCACAGACAUGCCCUGAGAUGAAGGCGACGGAUGAGUUCGAGUAUCUGUGGCAAGAUUCAGAAAACUUUAAACGACCAACUAAGAUGUCAGCGCCGGAUUAUAUCGAGCAUUUGAUGGCCUGGGUCCAGAGUAAUGUCGAUAACGAACAGAUGUUCCCCAGUCGAAUUGGCGUCCCAUUCCCCAAGACUUUCCCCAGUCUUCUUCGCCAAAUCUUUAAGCGUCUAUAUCGUGUCUAUGCCCACAUCUACUGCCAUCAUUAUCCGGUAGUAGUACAUCUCGGCCUGGAACCCCAUCUCAACACCAGCUUCAAGCAUUACGUUCUGUUCAUCGACGAGCAUAAAUUGGCCAGCGGAAAGGACUUCUGGGGACCACUGGGUGAUUUGGUCGACAGUAUGUUGCGCAGCGACUGA